CUGCCUGUUGUAGCCCGGCUCAGGCUGCUGCUGCUGGGGACGAGGAAAGCCCUGGCUGUGAUGCCGCUGGAUGAUGGCUGCUUUCGGAAUCUUAAGUUACGAACACCGGCCUUUAAAGCGGCAACGCCUCGGCCCCCCAGACGUCUACCCCCAGGAUCCGAAGCAAAAAGAGGAUGAGUUGACUGCUCUGAAUGUAAAGCAAGGAUUUAACAACCAGCCUGCUGUGUCUGGUGAUGAACAUGGCAGUGCCAGAAAUGUCAACUUUAACCCCUCAAAGAUCAGCUCAAACUUCAGCAGCAUCAUCGCGGAGAAGCUGCGCUUCAACACGUUUCCGGAUACAGGGAAGCGCAAACCGCAGGUCAACCAGAAGGAUAAUUUCUGGCUCGUCACGGCGAGGUCACAGAGCUCCAUCAACAACUGGUUUACAGAUUUAGCUGGAACUAAACCGCUCACACAGCUGGCUAAAAAGGUACCAAUCUUUAGCAAAAAGGAGGAGGUUUUUGGAUUCUUGGCCAAGUACUCUGUCCCCGUCAUGCGUUCAGCGUGGAUGAUCAAGAUGACCUGUGCAUAUCAUGCAGCUAUCACAGAAACUAAAGUCAAGAAGAGGCACGUGAUUGAUCCUUGUAUUGAAUGGACCCAGAUCAUUACUAAAUAUCUCUUGGAGCAGCUGCAGAAGAUCGCAGAGUUUUACCGACAGUUUCCUAGCCAGGGCUGCAGCUCCCCGCUUCCAGCCACGCCUGCAGACGUGGACACGGCCAUGAAGCAGUGGGAGUACAACGAGAAACUCGCCAUGUUCAUGUUUCAGGAUGGCAUGUUGGACAGGCAUGAGUUCCUGACGUGGGUGCUGGAGUGUUUCGAGAAGGUCCGUCCGGGGGAAGACGAACUUCUCAGACUUCUGCUGCCCCUCUUACUACAGUACUCAGGAGAGUUUGUACAGUCGGCCUAUUUAUCACGACGGCUGGCUUACUUCUGCACACGUCGCCUCAACCUGUUGCUAAGCGACGGGAGCCUGGGCCCCGGCGCGGGGGGCCACGCCGCGCACGGCAUCCUCGCACAGCAAGGCAACGCUCUGCCCACCACGCCGACCUCCCAACCUGCCGGCGGGACCCAGUCCCAGACGCCGUUCACCGACUUCUACGUCUGCCCGCAGCACAGGCCUCUGGUUUUUGGUCUCAGCUGCAUGUUACAGAGCAUAGUUCUGUGCUGCCCCAGUGCUUUGGUGUGGCAUUACUCCUUAACAGACAGCCGAAAUAAGACCGGCUCACCCUUGGACCUCCUGCCUAUCGCCCCCUCCAGUUUGCCGAUGCCGGGAGGCAACACCGCCUUCACACAACAGGUUCGUGCAAAGCUGCGAGAAAUCGAGGAGCAGGUUAAGGAGCGCGGCCAGGCCGUGGAGUUCAGGUGGUCGUUCGAUAAGUGUCAGGAGACCACUGCAGGGUUUACUAUUGGGAGGGUUCUCCAUACCCUGGAGGUUUUGGACAACCACAGCUUUGAGAAAUCGGACUUUAACAACUCGCUGGAUUCGCUGUACAACAGGAUAUUUGGUUCUGGCCAGAGCAAGGAUGGCCACGAGAUGUCGCCCGAUGACGACGCCGUGGUGACCUUGCUGUGCGAGUGGGCGGUGUGCUGUAAGCGCUCGGGGAGGCACAGAGCCAUGGUGGUGGCUAAGCUGCUGGAGAAGAGACAGGCUGAGAUAGAAGCAGAGAGGUGUGGUGAGUCAGAGGUGGUGGAUGAGAAAGGCUCCGUGUCGUCCGGCUCGCUCUCAGCUGCCACCCUCCCGGUCUUUCAGGACGUACUGCUGCAGUUCCUCGACACGCAGGCCCCCACGCUUACGGAGCCAGGGAAUGAAAGCGAGCGAGUGGAGUUCUCAAACCUGGUCCUACUUUUCUGUGAGCUCAUCCGACACGACGUCUUCUCCCACAACAUCUACAUGUGCACGCUGAUUUCCCGCGGCGACCUGGCCUCGGACUCCCACCUGCCGCGCCCGCGUUCCCCCAGCGACGAGCCCUCCGAUGAGUCGGAGCGCAAAGAGCAGGAUGCUGGCAGCAGCGUCAAGAUGGAGGAUACUGGUCUGUCAGAGUCCAUGGAGCCUGAGCACAACUCCAGUGCAAACUUUGAUGAGGUAACCGAUAUGUUCUCACCGCCAAUGCAUUGCGAGUCCAAGGGGAGUCCGUCCCCAGAGAAGCCCGCCCAGGAGCAGGAUGGGAAGAGCAGCUGCAAGGACAAAAGCAUGGACCCCGCCUUCCCUCAGCUGUACGAGCAACCCCGACACAUUCAGUACGCCACGCACUUCCCUAUUCCACAGGAGGAAAGUGCCAGUCAUGAAUGCAACCAGCGUUUAGUCGUCCUCUACGGUGUGGGCAAACUGAGAGAUGAGGCGCGACACACCAUCAAGAAAAUUACCAAAGACAUCUUGAAGGUGCUCAACCGCAAAAGCACGGCAGAAACAGGUGGGGAGGAAGGACAAAAGAGGAAGAGGAGUAAGCCCGAAGCCUUUCCGACUGCAGAAGAUAUCUUUUCCAAAUUCCAGCACCUCUCCCACUUUGACCAGCAUCAGGUCACCUCCCAGGUGUCCAGAAACGUUCUGGAGCAGAUCACCAGCUUUGCCUUAGGGAUGUCCUAUCACCUGCCCCUCGUCCAGCACAUUCAGUUCAUCUUUGACCUCAUGGAGUACUCGCUCAACAUCAGUGGCCUCAUAGACUUUGCUAUUCAGCUUCUCAACGAGUUGAGUCUGGUGGAGGCGGAGCUGCUGCUCAAGUCCUCCAGCCUGGUGGGCAGCUACACCACCAGCCUGUGCCUGUGCAUCGUAGCUGUGCUGAGGAGAUACCACUCCUGUCUCAUCCUCAACCCCGAGCAGACUGCACAAGUUUUUGAUGGGUGUGGGAACCCUGCUUUGACCAGGCUGCGGAUCGUGGUGAAGUCCGGUGUGAACCCAGCGGACUGCUCCUCCGCAGAGCGCUGCAUCCUGGCCUACUUGUACGACCUCUACACCUCCUGCAGUCACCUCAAGAACAAAUUCGGAGAGAUCUUCAGCGAGUUCUGCUCCAAGGUGAAAAACUCCAUCUACUGCAACAUCGACCCAUCGGAUUCCAACAUGCUUUGGGAUCCAACGUUCAUGAUGGAGACCAUCACUAAUCCCUCGGCCAACAACAACCACUCCAUGGUGGGCAAAAUCCUCAACGACAGUCCAGCUAACCGCUACAGCUUCGUAUGCAACGUGCUCAUGGAGGUCUGCGUGGACCACAAAGACCCUGAGAGGCUGAACGACAUUGGGAUCCUGUGCGCAGAGCUGACAGCGUAUUGUCGCUCUCUGAGCGCGGAGUGGCUCGGCAUCCUCAAAGCUCUUUGCUGCUCCUCUAACAACGGCAACUGUGGCUUCAACGAUUUGCUUUGUAACGUCGACGUUAGCGAUUUGUCCUUCCACGAUUCCCUGGCAACUUUCGUGGCUAUUCUCAUUGCGAGACAGUGUUUGCUCUUAGAGGACCUGGUCCGUUGUGUGGCCAUCCCCUCGCUCCUCAAUGCAGCCUGCAGCGAGCAGGACUCCGAGCCAGGAGCGCGGCUCACCUGCAGGAUUCUGUUGCACCUGUUUAAGACGCCACAACGUAACCCUGUCCCCCAAGACGGCGCCAAGUCAGACAAAUCCUCAAUUGGUAUCCGGUCGUCUUGUGAUCGUCACCUUCUCGCUGCCUCGCAGAACAGCAUCGUCGUCGGAGCCGUUUUCGCUGUCCUCAAAGCCGUAUUUAUGCUCGGUGAUGCGGAGCUGAGAGGCUCGGGUCUGUCGCAUCCUGCCGGCCUCGAUGACAUAUCCGAUGGACGCAGCGUCUCCAUAGAAACGGCCAGCCUGGAUGUGUACGCCAAGUACGUCCUGAAGACUAUCUGCCAGCAGGAGUGGGUUGGCGAGCGCUGCCUGAAGUCUCUGUCUGAGGACAGCAGUGCCCUCCAGGACCCCGUGCUGGUAAACAUUCAAGCCCAGCGGCUGCUGCAGCUCAUCUGCUAUCCUCACCGCCAGCUGGACAGCGACGACGGCGACAACCCUCAGAGACAGCGCAUCAAACGCAUCCUUCAGAACAUGGACCAAUGGACAAUGAGACAGUCGUCUCUGGAGCUGCAGCUGAUGAUCAAACAGAGCACAAAUAAUGAGCUUUACUCUCUCCUGGAGAACAUAGCAAAGGCAACGAUCGAGGUUUUCCAGAAAUCAGCGGAGAUGAACUCCAGUAACCCCUCGGGAAAUGGAGCCGCAGUCCAAGGAGGAUCUGCAUCCAAUAGCAACAGCACCACAAGCAAGAUGAAGCCUAUUUUAAGCCUUGGAGCUGACACAUUUCUCAUUUCCUGCAGCUCGUCGGAGAGGUCAGGCGUUUGGCUGGUCGCCCCGUUGAUAGCCAAGCUGCCCACAUCAGUCCAGGGUCACGUGCUGAAGGCAGCCGGAGAGGAGCUGGAGAAAGGUCAGCACCUGGGCUCCUCCUCGCGCAAAGAGCGAGACCGGCAGAAGCAGAAAAGCAUGUCUCUGCUGAGCCAGCAGCCGUUCCUGUCUCUGGUCCUCACUUGCUUGAAGGGGCAGGACGAGCAAAGGGAAGGCCUCCUCACCUCGCUAUACAGCCAGGUUCAGCAGAUCGUCACCAACUGGAGAGAAGACCAGUACCAGGAUGACUGCAAGGCCAAGCAAAUGAUGCACGAGGCUCUUAAACUACGGCUGAAUCUCGUUGGAGGCAUGUUUGACACGGUGCAGCGGAGCACCCAGCAGACCACCGAGUGGGCGGUUCUGCUGCUCGACAUCAUCAGCAGCGGCACCGUGGACAUGCAGUCCAAUAACGAGCUCUUCACAACCGUGCUGGACAUGCUGAGCGUGCUGAUAAACGGCACGCUGGCUGCUGAUAUGUCCAGCAUCUCUCAGGGCAGCAUGGAGGAGAACAAGAGGGCGUACAUGAACCUGGUGAAGAAGCUUAGGAAAGAGCUUGGAGACCGGCAGUCAGAAAGUUUGGAAAAGGUUCGCCAGCUUUUGCCGUUGCCGAAGCAAACCCGUGACGUCAUCACCUGUGAGCCUCAGGGCUCGCUAAUAGACACCAAGGGCAACAAGAUCGCUGGCUUUGAGAAAGAGGGUCUUCAGGUUUUCACCAAACAGAAGAUUUCUCCAUGGGACGUCUUCGAGGGUCAAAAACAGUUAGCCCCACUCUCCUGGGGCUGGUUUGGGGCGGUGCGCGUGGACCGCAAGAUCGCCAAGUUUGAAGAGCAGCAGCGCUUCCUGCUCUACCACACCCACCUGAAGCCCAAACCGCGCAGCUACUACCUGGAGCCGCUCCCCCUGCCCCCCGAGGAGGAGGAGCCUCUGACGCCCAUCCCCCAGGAGCCCGAGAAGAAGAUGAUGGAGGUGGUGAAACCGGACAAGAACGUAGCCGCCGUCGCCUCGGAGUCCAGCAAGAAGAAAUCCAGCAAGAAGAAGAAAAAUUCCUCCACCAAGGCAGAUGACUAUUCGAACCGGCCACAGAGCAGCAUGACCUACGUGCCGGGUGUGACUACAGAGUCGAUGCAGACUCACCUGUACGGUCGGAUGCCCUACAGUCAACCGCCCAUGGGUAGUUUCCCCCAGAACCAGCCCCUGCCUCCAGGUCAGCCCACAGAAUACUUUCAUCCUAAUCGAGGUCCAGGUCUAGAGCCCCCCUACAGGCCCACCCGCAACCCACAGAUUAACAAAAUGAUCCCUCGACCCAAUUAUCAACCCAGCAUGCUGGAGAAGCAGUACUCGAUGCCUUAUAAGCCUCAGCCCAACAUGUCUCAGAGCAACCUGCGAGCGCAGUUAGUGGUCAGGCUGCAAAAUCAAAACCACGUGGGGCAGCAGAUAAGGCAGAUGGCACCGAACCAACAGUACGCUACAAUGCAGCCGUCACAGAACAUAUCUCAGGGCUAUACCACAUUUGCAUCACACAUGGGCAUGCAGCAGCAUCCUGCUCAAGGUGGUGGUAUAGCUCCCUCCUCUUACGUAGCCCAGAACUUCCCGGGCUCCCAUCCAGGCGCCAGCCCUGCUGUGGUGGAUCCUCUGAGACAAAUGCAGCAGAGGCCCAGCGGUUACGUUCACCAGCAGGCUCCGGGAUAUCCACACAAUAUGCAGAACAGGUUUCCCCACCAGCCCCUGCCACAGAGUUCGGUCAUGCACGGUCUCGGCCACGUCGGGGCCCAGGGGAUCUAUCCGGGCCACAGGCCCAAUCAGAUGCUGACGGAGCAGCAGCAGCAGCAGCAACAAGCCGCUCAGCAGCAACAAGCCGCUCAGCAACAGCAGCAGCAGCACACAUUCCUCAGACAACAAGCACUCAGACAGGCUCAAGUUCAGCAGCAGCAGCAGCAGCAACAGCAACAGCAGCAGCAGCAGCAGCAGGUUCAGCCUCAGCAGGUUCCUCCUCAGCAGCAGGUUCCUCAGCAGCAACAGCAGCAGGUGUCCGCUGUUCCCCCUCCUGGCCAGGCGCCAAACCAGGGCCUGGGCAUGCAGCCGCUGCCCCCCCAGCAGCCCAUGUUCCCUCGCCCGGGGAUGCAGCAGACCCAACAGCAGCAGCAGACGGCAGCGCUGGUCCGGCAGCUGCAGCAACAACUUUCCAAUACACAACCAGGACAGGGCACCAAUUCCUACUAUUGAUCAUGCUAGUGGGGUGGGGAAGAGGUAAACUGUCGUUUUUGCAGGAAGUCCUGUUCUGUAAAUUAGGUCACCGAUGGAAACGGGAGGUAAACGACUGGGGCGGACCUCCAAAACGAUCAUGAUGAACCCAAAACCCCGGCUACAAGAUUUCAGUUGUAAAAUUUUGAAUUUCUCAGAAGAGGGAACCUGAUUUAACACGUUUAAUGACAGAAGAGCCGAUGUAAAAAAAGAAAAAAAAGAAAAGAAAAAAAAUACAACUAAAAGAAUAAUGCUUUUUUUUAUUUUAUUUCAAUUUGUACAAUUUUCUUUUUCAGUUUUGUGUAUUUCUCAUUAAAAUGAAUCAUGUCA